AGAGGUCACUGGAGCUUGAGUUUUAGUGCCGACGUCAUAUUUGUGCGACACUUACAUGAACACAUGCACCAUGCGUGUAAAAGAUAGAGGUAUGUGAAGUAAUACGUAUGCUUUUAAUAUUAGUUAUAUUGUUCACGAGAAGUUGAAAACAUCGUGGGUUGUCAUGGCUGGAAACACGCUGCCGUUUAAAUCAAAUUAUGCAGUCUCCAGCAAAAUAGAACCGUUCUAUAAGGGAGGUAAAGUGCAGAUAAGUCAGGAUGAGCAGUACAUAUUUUGCACAUGUGGUCCAAGAGUCAACAUUUUACAGAUCGAUACUGGAAAAAUUAUCCAUAGCAUUGAGCAGGAUGAUCAAGAGGACAUCACCUCAUUCUCUCUCAGUCCUGAUGAUGAGAUUCUGGUGACCGCCAGCAGGGCUCUGCUCCUGAAGCAGUGGGACUGGAAGCAGGAGAAGUGCACUCGGUCGUGGAGGGCCAUCCACAAUGUGCCUGUGGCCAGCAUGACCUUUGACUGCACCUCCACCCUGCUGGCUACAGGUGGUUGUGAUGGCACCAUCAAGCUGUGGGAUGUUGUGAAGCAGUACUGCACACACAAUCUGAAAGGAUCAUCUGGCGUUGUACAUUUGGUCGAGUUUCAUCCAGACAUCAGCAGACUGCAGCUCUUCUCUUCUUCUGUGGACUGUGGGAUCCGGAUCUGGGACCUGAGGACCAGCAAGUGUAUCUGUGUUUUGGAGAGCCACUACAGUGCCGUCACAUCGCUGGCCUUCUCUCCUGAUGGCCAAACUCUAAUUAGUUCUGGCCGAGACAAAAUCUGCUCGGUUUGGGACCUGAAGAAGAAGGCUGUUAAGAGGACUGUCCCUGUCUAUGAGGCUGUGGAAGGUGUUGUUGUUCUCCCUGGGAAGAGCGAUUACUCUCAGAUGGGUGUGAAGGGUGAAGGUUUACACUUUGUCACGGCUGGCAGUAAAGGUGUUCUUCGAGUGUGGGACUCCAGCUCAGCGCGCUGUGUGUUCACUCAGACGCUGCCUGAUGCUCCGGCUCUCAACACAGAGGAGGCCGAUUUAGACCCGCGCAGUCUGAUGCAUCUUCUGCCCAUGCCACAGUCCAACAGACUGGCCACCGUCACCGCAGAGCACAACAUCCUCAUCUAUCAGAUGCCUGCUCUCACUGUACAGCAGCAGUUUGUCGGCUACAAUGAUGAUAUCCUGGAUGUGAAGUUCCUGGGGAAGGAUGACACACACAUAGUUGUGGCCACUAACAGCUCUCAGCUGAAGGUGUUUGAGUUGGCCACUAACAGCUGUCAGAUUCUGUAUGGACACACAGAUACCAUCUUAUCAAUCGAUGUCUUCCGCAAAGGUUCCAUGUUUGCAAGCUGUGCAAAGGACAAGUCCCUGCGGCUGUGGAAAAUGGAUCUGAAGAGUGGCCACGUGCACUGCGUGGCUCAGGGCAGCGGACACUCCAAUGCCGUGGGCUCUGUCGCCUGCUCCAGGUUAAAGAAAGGCUUCCUGGUGUCGGGCAGUCAGGACUGUACUAUUAAGAUGUGGGAUCUGCCUGACCCUCUUCCUGAUGUGGGAUGUGAACCGGUCUUGAUGACGGCACGACUCACAGAGAGAGCUCAUGACAAGGAUGUGAACAGCGUGACCAUCUCUCCCAAUGACAAGCUGCUGGCCUCUGGCUCUCAGGAUCGCACGGCUAAACUCUGGUCACUGGCAGAUAUGAGUCUGUUAGGCAUCUUCAGAGGUCAUAGUCGAGGUGUUUGGUGUGUCCAGUUCUCUCCUGUGGACCAGGUCCUGGCCACGGCCUCAGCGGACGGCUCCAUCAAAAUCUGGAGCAUUCAAGAAUUCAGCUGCCUCAGGACGUUUGAGGGACAUGAUGCCUCUGUGCUAAAGGUCAUAUUUGUCAGUCGAGGAACUCAACUAGUGUCUAGUGGUUCUGAUGGACUUGUGAAGUUGUGGACCAUAAAAACAAACGAGUGUGUGAAAACAUUUGAUGCUCACCAGGACAAAGUGUGGGCUCUGCAUGGCAGCAGCAAAGAUGACCUGAUGGUGACGGGAUCAGCUGACUCCACCAUCACACUGUGGAAGGUCAGUCCACCUGACAUAUCCUACCUGAGCAAAAUUCGGCAGCAGGAGGAUGGGAUACAGGAGCUAGAAAAGACCCUCCUGAAGCUCCGUCAGGAUCAGAAAGAGUCGGUGUUGCGAUUCUCUGUGGUGUGGAACACUAAUUCCCGCAGCUGUCUGGACGCUCAGGCCGUCCUGCAGGUGCUGCUCACACACCUGAGCCCAGAGGAAAUCCUGCAGUAUCAGGGCACUCGUACCCAUCUCGAGGGCCUCAUACCGUACACAGAGAGACAUAUGCAGCGGAUUGGUCGUCUCCUGCAGGCCUCAAUGUUUCUGGAUUACAUGUGGCAGAAAAUGCGUAUUACGGGUGGUAAAGACAGGACAGACGUUAAAACCUGUGCCUCACAGCCAUCGGCUGACGUCUGGCGUCACUCAUUGCCAGUGGACACGCACCAUUAGUAUUAAUAAAAAUCAACCCUUGAGACGUGAAAGUGCCCAAACA